AUGGCGAAGGUUAGAGUUGUUUUAACUGUUUGCCAGUUGGUGCUAGAGUUGUUAAUGAAUUCAUUAACUGAGUCUUCCAUACAGAGUAACGAAUGUCCACAGCUUUGUGUAUGUGAAAUCAGGCCAUGGUUUACACCACAGUCAACGUACAGGGAAGCCACAACAGUUGACUGCAAUGACCUUCGAUUAACAAAAAUCCCCAGCAAUCUUUCCAGUGACACUCAAGUCCUUCUGUUACAAAGCAACAACAUUGCAAAGACCACAGAUGAACUCCAACAGCUGUUUAAUUUAACAGAAUUGGAUUUUUCACAAAAUAACUUCACAAGUAUCAAAGAUGUGGGGCUCUCUAAUCUCACUCAACUUACUACUUUGCACCUGGAGGAAAACCAGAUAACGGAGAUGACUGACUACUGCUUGCAAGACCUUUGCAAUCUUCAGGAGCUAUAUAUAAAUCACAACCAGAUCAGCAGCAUUUCUGCAAAUGCAUUCUCUGGCCUGAAGAAUCUUUUGAGAUUACAUCUCAACUCCAACAAAUUAAAGGUUAUUGACAGCCGUUGGUUUGAUUCUACUCCUAACUUAGAGAUUCUCAUGAUUGGAGAAAAUCCAGUGAUUGGAAUACUAGAUAUGAAUUUCAAACCACUCUCAAAUUUAAGGAGUCUAGUUUUAGCAGGUAUGUAUCUCACAGACAUUCCUGGCAAUGCCUUGGUAGGCUUGGAUAGUCUUGAAAGUCUUUCCUUCUAUGACAACAAAUUGGUAAAAGUUCCUCAGCUUGCACUUGAGAAAGUUCCAAAUUUAAAAUUCCUGGAUCUCAACAAAAAUCCAAUUCAUAAAAUUCAAGAAGGUGAUUUUAAAAACAUGCUCAGAUUGAAGGAGCUUGGAAUCAAUAAUAUGGGAGAACUCGUUUCUGUUGAUAGGUAUGCGCUGGACAACCUGCCUGAACUUACAAAGCUUGAAGCCACCAACAAUCCAAAGCUGUCUUACAUACAUCGUUUGGCAUUUCGCAAUGUUCCUGCCCUGGAGAGCUUGAUGCUGAACAACAAUGCCUUGAAUGCAGUCUACCAAAAGACGGUGGAAUCCCUUCCAAACCUGCGUGAGAUCAGUAUCCACAGUAACCCACUCAGGUGCGACUGUGUCAUUCACUGGAUCAACUCAAACAAGACAAAUAUCCGUUUCAUGGAACCUCUAUCCAUGUUUUGUGCUAUGCCUCCAGAAUACAGAGGACAGCAGGUGAAGGAAGUGUUAAUACAGGAUUCAAACGAACAAUGUCUUCCAAUGAUCUCUCAUGAGACCUUUCCAAAUCACUUAAACCUGGACAUCGGCAUGACAGUGUUUUUAGAUUGUCGGGCCAUGGCAGAACCUGAGCCAGAAAUUUACUGGGUCACUCCUCUCGGCAAUAAAGUAACUGUCGAAAGUCUCUCUGACAAAUACAAGCUGAGUAGUGAAGGCACCUUGGAAAUCUCUGACAUCCAGGUUGAAGACUCCGGGAGAUACACCUGUGUUGCUCAAAACGUAGAAGGGGCUGACACGAGGGUCGCUACUAUCCGGGUGAACGGAACGCUUCUGGAUGGUACCCAGGUUCUGAAAAUCUACGUUAAGCAAGCCGAAUCGCAUUCAAUCUUAGUUUCUUGGAAAGUUAAUUCCAACGUCAUGACUUCCAAUUUAAAAUGGUCAUCGGCCACUAUGAAGAUUGACAACCCUCACAUUACAUACACUGCUAGGGUCCCGGUUGAUGUACAUGAAUAUAACCUCACGCAUUUACAACCAUCUACAGAUUAUGAAGUGUGUCUAACUGUGUCAAAUAUCCAUCAGCAAACACAGAAAUCCUGCGUUAAUGUUACAACAAAAAAUGCAGCUUUUGCGCUAGAUAUUUCAGACCAAGAAACCAGCACUGCCCUCGCAGCAGUAAUGGGAUCCAUGUUUGCUGUCAUUAGCCUCGCCUCCAUUUCUGUUUAUAUUGCAAAAAGAUUUAAGAGAAAAAACUACCACCACUCAUUGAAAAAAUAUAUGCAAAAGACCUCCUCAAUCCCACUGAAUGAGCUCUACCCUCCACUUAUUAAUCUCUGGGAAGGUGACAGUGAAAAAGACAAGGAUGGUUCUGCAGAGACCAAGCCAACCCAAGUCGACACAUCCAGAAGCUAUUACAUGUGGUAA